AUGGCGUCGACGCUAAUUAUUCGGGCAGGUGUGUCGCCCGUGCUGCAGAAUGAUGUUAGUACUGAGCUGGCCCUGGCAAAUGGUGGUUCCAGGGCGCUGAGUCGGCUCCUCCCUAACUUGGGCGGACCUGGCGUUGGCUGCCGCCGCCUGUACACAGGAGUGGUGCGGUCGAUGGCCCUGUAUGGAGCACCGAUCUGGGCAGACGCUCUUGUCGCCCGUAAUAGGACCCUGCUGCGAAGGCCGCAACGGGUCAUGGCGGCAAGAGUGAUCAGAGCGUACCGCACCAUUUCGCACGAGGCGGCCUGCGCGUUGGCAGGGACACCCCCGUGGGACCUGGAUGCGGAGGUGUUGGCGUGUGUGCACGAGCGAAGGGUGGAGGUCCGCAUGCGGGGAGAACACCCUUCGCCGGAGAGGGUCACUGGGUGGCGGCGUUUAGCGCAGGCCGAGCUCUUUCGCCAAUGGCGAGAGAGGCUCGAGUCGCCCAGUGCCGGUCUGCGGACUAUUGACGGGAUUCGCCCCGUGCUUCAGCAGUGGAAGGAGGCUGCGGAGCGGCUGAGAGAGGAUGCCGUGGACUCCCAGCCGAUCCGCCGCAGGAGAGUCGGGCGCAGGCGGCUUGCACAAGACCGCCGCCUGCCCCCAUAA